GUUUGCAAGAUCCUACAAAAUACCGAAAUAAUGCAAUCAAUUGAUUGAUGGAUUAAUAUGAAUUCCAUGUGACAGGUUGACAUGGUUGACAUGGCUGCAUGGUUGCUAAUAAUAAUAAGGUUAGCGGGGAAAUGCUUGGCGGUAUCUCAGAUCAAUUCGUAAUUUACCUAGUCCAUUUGUCGAUCCACCCCAUAUUUCGUUGCUGAGCCUCAUCAAUCAACCUAUCCUUGAGCAACUACAUACCUAUCCCAAACCUCCGGCACGUAAUCCCUCAGACUAGCGUCCGCCGACGAUCGAGACCCGAAUCGCCCUUCGAAGAUUAUCGCAGCUAGAAAGAGAAAAGACAAUGCGUUGAAACGGUCAUCUUCGCCCGGUGUGUCCUAUCACUGUCCAAAGUGGGCACCAGUUCCCAAAAGCGCACAAUGGGUUGCUGCUUCUCAAGGCCCGCCGGCCCCAACGCCCCUUAUCCGGGUGGCAGCGCCGCAUCACCCUCUGCGCGCGCCAUCAAUUCCCCGCCGUUGCACCCCUCGGCUACAGACGACAGUCAGCCGGUUUCGCGUGCCGACUCCCGCUCUCACCAACCAGCACAGUCGCCUCAUCCGCAGCAGUCGCAUACCCAUUCCCACCAUAGGCGUAGCUGUCGGCGGCCGCUGUCGCAACAUAUAGACAAGCCCCUGCGGCGACACGAGUGGGUCGCGCGCGAUCGGUCAUGGACCCGUUCCCAGUUAGAUACGGAGCGAGCCGACUUUUUCGAUACGCGAGUCACCGGGCGCGCUGAGGUGUGGCAGGUCUUGAAGGCGGCGCUAGAAGUUCUAUGGGAGGCGGAUUUGGUUCGCGCGACUGGCGGCGAGCGGGAAGACGAUGACGGGACAGAUGGGAUAGCCACGGCGCAGAGCAUGCUGAAGGCAGCCGAAGUCACCCUACCCACAGGCGACUUAUCGAACGGGGUGUACGAUUCGCUAGGAAAUUACUACGCGUUGCCGGAAUGGAUCGUGUGCGAUCCCGUGAAUGUGACCGAAGAAAACGGCGCUCAGAGAAACAAUGGCGACGCGAGGCGGAAAGGAGACGGCGAGUUGGCUGGCGAGGAAGAUAGCGAAGAGGAGUUGGACGAAGAUGAAGCUUUGCGACGGAGGGAGGAGAAGGGGAAAGGUGUCGCUAAUAUCAAGAACAUGGUCAAAGUUCGUGCUAGACUUAGCGAGAAUUUACCAGAUGUGGUCAUUAGUGUUGGUGUUGAUGAAAGCGUGAGAGUUUUUGCUAAGAGGGUAGCCGAAGAAUCCGGGCUACCUUCCACAAGACGCGUCCGCGUAGCCUACAUGGGCAAAAUCCUUAAGGAGAACUCGUCGCUGCAGAGCCAGGGCUGGAAGAAGGGCCAUGUAGUAAACGCUCUAGUGUUCAACCGGUAGCGACAGGUACCGGCGCUGUGCUGUCCUAUACGUACUCACACCACCAACGCUCAUCCACCUCCGUGGAUCCGAAUCCGCAAUGCCUAAUUUGGAUUCCAAAUACCCAUUGUUGGAGCGUCAAUCCUUGGAUUCUCCUGACGUUUAUGUUCCUUACUUUACCACUAUUCUACAUCGGAUUCUGGAUAAUACCCCAAUAUUUUGUGCCUAACUGUGUUGGCAUGUGGUGGGCUGUUGGAGUUUGGUGUAAUUAUAACGAAUCCUUCGAAUUGAUAAGGGUAACGGGGCUUUGUUUGGGAAAGCUAAUACCUACUGUCAAGACUCGAGUUGGAGUCGAGUACUGCGAUAUAUAUAAUGCAUCUUAAUUGUGACUGAUGUCCAUUCAUCGCAACAUGUC